GGAGUUGUUUCCACCUUUCAGGAAGAUUCAGGUAUUUAAGAGAGUGUUCAUCAAAAAGUGAUGCCGAAUGCACAUGCAGGGACGGGUAUCACUGCAGUGGAGAUGGCUGCUCCCGCUGCGACAGAAACUGUGGCGUGGGUGAGGAGAACACAGGGAGCGGUAAGGUCACCUUUCCCCAUUGGCUUAAGCCUCCUGUGUCCGCUGCACUGCACACAACAUGGCCUCUCACCCAAUGCAGAAAGGGGAGCUGUAAGGACCUCACACGAUAAAAGCUGCCAGCACUGCUAAACAGUUUGCAUACUACGUGGAGCAAGCAUAGACAUGCUCACCAAAAUCUGAGGCCUCUGGAGGCUCAAAUCACAUCUGCAUUAGUUCCCUUUGCCUGGCAGCUGCCUCAUGGCCAGCACAUGGGAAACAGAGCUGGGAACUCUGGAGUUAAACGUGAGCUGCAGCAGCUUGUGCUAAGUUGGCUCAGUAGCCAACUAUUGUACUAGUCCACAGCUCAUGGGGAUGGACACAGGGAAAGACUUACCUUGUGUACUCAAAGCAGCUUGUAAAACAUUAACUGAUGACAAAUCUUUAUGAAUGUGGAUUGUAGUUAUUCUACGAGCAGGCAAUAACAAUGUUUCAUGUGUUGUUUUAAAUGGUCCUCUUAUGUAAAUAGUGCAUGUCUGUCCUUGUCUGUUGAAGGCUGCCAAGCUUGCCGCUAUGGAACUUUUAACGAUCAACCCAAUAGCUCCUGUAAAAACUGGACAAAAUGCUCUGCAACUGAGGUUCUGAAGCCUGGAACUACAGCAAAAGAUGUGGUUUGCAGGCACACUUCAGAUAGUCCUGCUUUAGCCACUACUCUAGCUACCACUUCUCCUGCAUUUCCAUUUUCUAUCACUGUGCCAAGGAAGGACCUCCAGAUGGAUAUCAUCAGAAUUUCUCUUGCUGUAACUGGGCUGUUGUGCAUACUGUUUCUGCUCCCUUUGUGCAUAUGCUUCAGCAUCUGGCAGAAAAAGAAACUACAUGCUGUCUUCAAGAAAAUGCAUACCACACUUGAACAGUCAAUUCAGGAAGAUGAUGCCUGCAGCUGCCGCUUUCCUGAGGAAGAACAAGGUGAAUAUCAGGACUGUGGCAAAUCCACAGAAUUCAGAGAUCCUUUGGUGAAUUAGGAAUUAGACUGUCUAUGUCAGCCAAAUUCUUAUUUCCUUUGAGAACACAGAACAAAAACCCGCUUACAUAAUAGAAAGGGUAUCAGAAUCUGUGAAUUUCAGAAUGCUGAACAGCCCAGCCAGUAAGGAGAAAGUGGAUCUUUUUUUCUACUUCUUAAAAACAAACAAACAAAAAGCAAACCCACCAAAUGAAAUCAACCAAACAACAAAAAACCUGUCCCCCUCCCCCAGGAGUUUGUUGACUUUCUUCUCCUCCCAGUAAUAGUAUUUCUAACAUACCGUACUUGAUCUACGGACUUACAUACGCACAUCACUUAAAAGUAAUAGUAGAAGGGCAGUAUGGCUUUCUGGUCCCUCUUAUAAAUGAUGUCUGGGCUAUAAUUUACAUGUAACCUGAAAGCAAGUCUUUAAGGGAUUUGUAGUGCUUAACAGAGCCACUUGUGACACUGAUGGUCUGUGUAUUGCCGUUACCAACCAUUCUCUUGGGUUUGAAACCGCAGCUCCUCUUCAAGCAUGGCUCAAACCCACGUGUUGGGUUUGGUGUACACAUACAGAUAGAUCCCAUUUCAAACUUUCAGAUCCCAUCAGCCCUGGAUGCAGAUAGCUGAUCUGACCUGCACUCAGCUUCCUAGUUAGAAGCAAGGAAGAUGUAAAAAUCUAGAGCUGCAAAAAGUUUGAUAAUAGCUUGCAUCUGCUGUUGUAUUACACAGAUUGGCUUAAGAGAGGCAGUGGAAACACUGAGAAAAGCUGUGGUUGACUUGAUCUUAGAAAUAGAUGUUACCAUGCAGCUGGACUGCAACAUCUUGAAGCCUACAUCAUUCAACUUUGAUCUUUCAAAUGAUGUAAAUAUGUUAUGUACUUUGCAGAUGUGGUAAAUGUACAAUGUGAUACAUUUCUGUUACUAUUUUUGUAACUCUGAGGUUGGAAAGAUUUUAACAUCAGACAGUGUAUCUGUCUUUUUGAUCAAUUACUGUUACCUUAAUUUUAAAAGAGAAAAAAGAAAAUGCAUGUUUGAGUCAUGGCAUUGGCAAUUAUACUUCUAACCUUUUACAAAACCAAACAAAUAUCUUAUUUCUGCAGUACAUGUUAUUUGAAAAUAGAAUGAAAACCCAGGCACAUGUUAUGUAAAGGGUGAUUUUUUCCCUGUGACUUAAAAGAAUGCCGUUGUGCGUGAAGAAUGACAGGCUAUCUUUCCGUUCAACAGAAGAUUAAGAUAGAAGAAGAAUAUUUUCACCAAACCACACUUACUCGUUUUGAUAAGCUUAUAUAUAAGUGUUUUAACAAACCAGCACUGUGAGAAAAUAAACGUAGUACUGAAGCCUGGACGGCAAAGUUAACUAUAUUUAAAUAAAAUUUAUUUUUUAAAACCCUCCCCCAGGUCUCCUUGCCUCUCUAUUGGUACUUUCAACCAGAUAUAUGCAAAUAUUACAUUUUACAACAAUGCACCUCUUUCAGCCACAGAAGCAGGGUAAAAUACUUGUUAAAUUUAUAC